ACUAGCUAGAUCCAGAAUCCAAAGGGGGAAUUUGAACAAUCCAAUCCAAUCCUGCAUACUGCACAGUAUGGUCGGUAUGGUCGUGUGGUUUACUCGGUUAUCGUUACUCGGCGGCGUGUGGGCUAGUAUAUAUUACGUACUGUGAUAUCCACUAUGGUCCUGGGAGAUCAAUAUGCCACGCGUUAAAUUAUCCGACAAAGAGCGCCGCGAACGUAGGCGUCUGGCUGAACAGGCUAGACGUGCUGCCAAACGAACUUCAAUGACUGAAGACCAGAGACGCGAGCGGAGACGACAAGCUCAACGGGUCAGGCGAGCUGAUGAACGGGCUGCACGAGCUUCUAGGAUUACAACUGAAGACCAGCGACGUGAGCAAAGACGUCAAGCUCAAAAAGCCAGGCGAGCAGCUCAGCGUGAAGCCAGGGAUUCGGCAAUCCUGCAGGAGAGAGCACAGUUGAUGGUAGAGCCUCCUGCAGCAGCGGUUCCCUUCGUACCCCCCAGCGGAAACCCCCUACAAGGUGUGGACAGCAAUAGACACCCGCCCCCGGCGUCCAAGCGAUCCCGAGCGGUGUCAACGGGGCAACCGCACAUUCUGCAGCCCUGCGAAGCACGCGCCGUGCCGAGCUUCGCACUCCCGCUGCUGCCUCACCCAGCGGCGCAGCAGUCACCAGCGAGCCAGGGCUGUCUGCGCGGCGCAUCGCCGCACCCCAUGCCGGCGCUGCGGCCGCUUCUGCUCUCCUCGGUGCCGAGGAACAUGGCGGCGCCUGAAGCAUCCAUAUCGUCGACGGCCGCCCCCGCGGCCGUAGCGAAACCUGGCCCUCCGCGUCAGUACACCGCAGACGAACUAAGGGAGCGGAAGAAUGCAGCAAAAAGAGCGAAGAGGAAGGCAGCCAAAUCCACCAUCGUUGUCAAGUCUCCAAAUAUACAGCGGGCAGAACGAGCAGCGGCACAACGUGCUGGGAGACGGAUCUUGCCCAUUCGAAAGCGGGAGGCGGAAGCAGAUUUGAAACCAAAGCUUCUUAAUCGGCAAGAAGCAUCUCUAUUUUCAGCGGCCGCAACCUCGGAAGUAGCGAAAUACAUUGAAGAGACAGGUGGCGAGGAGUCCAUCUGCCUGUUGAGAUUCUCCAAGGACUUCCACUUCCGAUGUUGUUCCUGUGCCUUUGUCACGAGUGGUCGGUGGAGCAUAACCACGCAUCUCCUCGCCUAUGCUGCAGGCCUUGGAUGCCAGAUUUGGAAAGAAACAAGCAAUCCAACAAAAACUGUAGAGGACUCUUGGUUCAGCUGCUGUUUUUGCGGCCAUUCCUCGGGAGACCAGCGUGCCAUAAUCGGCCACCUCAUCGCCCACUCUGCAGACCGACUGACUAUCCUGGCGCCUGCACUGCGUGGACCCCUUUUUCAGGGGGCGAGGCUGGAGUCAGCACACCGUGGCUCAUAACAGUAGAGCAUCUUUUGAGUGUCCGCCAUUGAAAAGCAGCAUUCUUCACAAACGACAGACUUGGCAGUCACGCUCGGAAGCAUGCCAGGGGAAUGCCAUACAGGUGUCGCCUCUGUUCCACGUCAUUCGGUCUAUGGUGCGCACCGAGCCAUCACGUCGAAAGGCAUGCAUGUAGCAGGCCUUUGGAGUGUCCCACUAGUCCGACGCCCUUCUUUGAAAAGGGGCCCCGCCUGGCACACAAGGACACACGCCGCAAAUGGGCUUUUCAAGUGCGAGGAAUGUCGUAAAUCAUUCAUUCACAAAUCCACUCUGUCCAGCACAUUCGAAUGCACGUGUGAAUCCUUACAAGUACCUGCAGUGCUCUAAAUCACUAAUUCGCAGUUUCAGCUUGACCAAGUAUUCAAAAGUGCAGGGACGAAAGGCCUUAGCAGGGUCCAGUGAUAUCAUAAGGCAGAGAUUCUCAAAUGUUUCGGUUUCAAAGAGUGCCCAUCUCUCGAUCGUUAGCCAGGAGACCCUUCCCUUUCUCGGUACUGAUGCAAUAAUUCAGUGCAGAACCCUUAUGACUUUAUAAACGGUAACGCACGCGUUAAGGAGUGUUUGACCGAUAUCUUGAUAUCUAUGCAUCAAUGAAUGACCGAGAUCUUCUAAAACAGUGUUUAAACUUGUAGUAUGCCAUCUGUACACCAGAUGGUGCUUCGAGUUAUAGUGUGAUGAUACGAGAUGGCGCCACGUGCCCGACAGCGGCACCCGCCGUUUCCGGAUGCUUUGUAAUAUAUUGUAAAUAGACAGUCUUGUUCCAAACUCCGA